AUUAUUUUAUUGAAGAAGAAAAAAAUGACUAAACUAAUUAAGAUAGCUCUGGUUUUAAUUUUCUUACAUAUUUUGUUCUCAACAGCUUUAGUUCGUUCAGAUCAAAGUGUGUUGCCUAUCAGAUCCUUCACGAUAGGUGAAAAUGCUACAUAUGAUUGCGUAGAUAUUAAUAAGCAACCAGGACUUGGUCAUCCUUUGCUCCAAAACCACACAAUCCAGAUGAAACCAUCAGUUUCAAGACAUGAACUAAGGCAUCAAAAUGGAAAAAACAAGUCAUAUUCGAAGACACAUAUAACAAAAUGUCCAGAUGGAACCGUUCCCAUAAUGAGAAACUCAAAUAAGUACAAUACCAAGAAAUAUUCCCAUCCGCUAACAUUCGAUAGUCCUGGAUCACAUAUUGUUGGAGUAAGGUCACGUAGUGGUCCAUAUCGUGGUGUAGAAGCUCGGUAUAAUGGAUAUACGCUAUACAUCGAAAGUUAUCAAGCUUCAUAUAGUGAAAUAUAUAUAGGUAGUUGGUUGAAUAACCAAGUCAAUUUUAUCCAAGCAGGUUAUAUUAUAAAUCCAAGUUUUUUUGGUACUGGACAACUUUGGACAUAUGGAUAUUUUAAGGGUAAAGAUGAGAAAGGAUGUUACAGUACAGCAUGUGAUGGGUUUAUUCAGGUAUCAGAGAAAAUUCCCAUAGUCCAACCCGUAAACAUUAACCCAGGAGACCCUGAUUGGUCGCAUCGAUCCAUCCAUCAGGUAUUUCCUCAUAUUUGUUUAUUUUUAUGAAACAGAUUUAUAAAUCUAUAAAUUAGUUAUUUAAGAAUCAUAAUUAGUGAUCACCAUGUAUAAGAUUAUAUAACAG